UUGUCCGAAUUGCAAACUUAGGGGAUUAGAAGUUCGUCUUUUCAGUUUUUGCUCAGUCCAAGAUAGAAUUGCUGCAGCCUAAAAGGAAAAAAAAAAGCUCCACUGGUGACAACCCCUCUGCAAAAAUCCUCUUUGAUCGGCGCCUAAUUCAGAUCUUGUUGCAAUUCAGCUGCCUAUGUACAUCGCCGCCGACAAAGUCAAUUAACAAAUCAUGAACCUCGUACUAUCAAAGAAACAGUUGAUUGUCCACAAUUGUUGGAAACAUAUAAUCAAGAAACCAAAGCAUUUCUCGUUUUGUAGUAUCCCCGGAGGAAGUAAUAAAUCCACAGCUGAAGAAAUCUCGACGAUUCUUAAACACAAGAACUGGAAAAUGCUCUUGGGGUCAUCGGAAAUUCCUCAAAAAAUCAACCCAGAUGUGGUCUACUCCGUUCUUGAUCGGAACAAAUUGGUGGUUAACCCAAAACGGCUUCUUGAUUUCUUUGAAUGGUCGAAUCAGAAUGUGGGUAUGGCUCAAAAAAUUGAUUCUUUUUCCAUUCUUGCUUUUGCUUUGUGCAAUUCGAACAACUUUGGAAAUGCCAAGAAUGUGUUUGAUGAAAUGCUUCAGAGGCGGUAUUCAGUAAUGGAUAUUCUUAGCUCUUUGGUUAAGUGUUGUAAGGAGUGUGAUGAGUGUAGGUCGAAGAUCGUUGUGUUUGAGUUGCCUAUUGAUGCUUAUAGGAAAAAGGGUAUGUUUAAUGAGGCUGUUUCGAUGUUCUUGGGCGUUAAAAAUGAAGGCUUUAUCCCGAGUUUGCUGUGUUGUAAUACAUUGUUGAAUGAAUUACUAAAUGGUAAUAGAAUGGAACUGUUUUGGAAGGUUUAUGAGGGAAUGCUGGAGAGUAAGAUGAGUCUUGAUGUUUACGGUUACACCAAUGUGAUCAAUGCUUAUUGCAAGGUUGGCAAUGUUAAGGACGCUAACAGACUUCUUCAUGAUAUGCGAGGGAAGGGGUGUAGUCCGAAUUUGGUUACGUACAAUGUGGUUAUCAGAGGCUUGUGCAGCACAGGUGCAGUUGAUGAAGCAUUGGAGCUAAAGAAGUCAAUGGAAGGAAAGCAAUUGGUUCCGGAUAUCUAUACCUAUAGCACACUCAUUGAUGGCUUCUGUAAGAAAAAGAGGUCCAGGGAGGCAAAAUGGAUUUUGGAUGAAAUGUGUGAAGUAGGUUUGGAUCCGGAUCAUUUUGCAUAUACUGCAUUAAUUGAUGGAUUUAUGAAGGAGGGUGAAGUGGACGAGGCAUUUAGAAUAAAGGAUGAAAUGGUUGAACGUGGAAAGAGUUUGAACCUAACGACCUACAAUUCUAUCAUAAAUGGGCUCUGCAAAAUCGGCCAGAUGGAUAAAGCAGUAACUAUCAAGGGUGACAUGAUUGAAAUGGGCAUAUUUCCUGAUGUGCAAACAUACAAUUAUUUAAUUGAGGGCUAUGGCCGCAAGAAUAACAUGAAUAAGGCUUCUGAGCUUUUGGUUGAGAUGACUGACAGAAACUUGGUACCUUCGGCUUAUACUUGUGGUGUGCUGAUUAAUGCUUUCUGCAACUCUGGAGAUAUCUGUCAAGCGACUUUUGUUUUGGAGAAGAUGAUUGCUGGUGGUGUGAGACCAAAUGCUAUCAUCUACACUCCCAUCAUAAAAGGCUACGUAGAGGAUGGUAAAUUUGAAGAAGCAAAACAUGUUGUGCUGGAUAUGUGGCAGAAAGGUAUAUUACCUGAUAUCUUCUGUUAUAAUUCAAUUAUUAGUGGGCUCUGUAAGGUGGGAAGGAUAGAUGAAGCAAAAAUGUGUCUCGUUGAAGUGGAGAAGAGAAGACUGAGACCAAAUUCAUAUACUUUUGGGCCUUUUAUCUCUUGGUAUAGAGAGGCAGGGAAUAUGCAAGUUGCAGAACAGUAUUUCUGGGAGAUGCUAGAUUGUGGUGUAGCGCCUAAUUAUGCCACCUUUACGUCUAUCAUUGACGGGCACUGCAAAUAUGGGAAUAUAUCACAAGCGUUUUCGGUACUGGAUCGCAUGCUUCAAAUAGGACGACUGCCAAAUGUUCAGCUUUAUGGUAUUCUUAUCAAUGCCCUUUCGAAGAAUGGGAAGUUGUCAGAUGCCAUGGAUGUUUUAUCUGAACUUUAUAAUAAGGGUCUAGUUCCUGAUGUGUUCACUUACACCUCAUUAAUUUCUGGUUUCUGCAGGCAGGGUAAUUUGGAAAAGGCUUUUCUACUUCUUGAUGAAAUGAGUCAGAAGGGUGUUAAACCAAACAUAGUCACUUAUAAUAGCUUAAUAGGUGGUCUUUGCAAGUCAGGUGACCUAUCGAGAGCUAGGGAAGUGUUUGAUGGUAUCUCUGGAAAGGGUUUGACACCAAAUGGUGUGACUUAUUCCACAAUCAUUGAUGGUUACUGCAAAGCUGGUGAUCUAAAAGAGGCAUUUCGCCUAACAGAUGAAAUGCCUUUACGGGGCAUUCAACCGGAUGCCUUUGUAUACAAUGCUCUUCUUCACGGAUGCUGCAAGGCAGGACAGGUAGAGAAGGCAUUGACAUUAUUCCAUGAAAUGGUAGAGAAGGGAAUUGCAUCUACCCUUACUUUCAACACAUUGAUUGAUGGGUUUUGCAAGUUAGGAAGAUUGAGUGAAGCACUGGAGUUGGUGAAGGGUAUGUCUGAUAUGCACAUCCCACCUGAUAAUGUAACUUACACCAUUUUAAUUGACUACUGUUGCAAGAACGGAAUUAUGAAAGAAGCAGAGGAGCUUUUUCAAAAGAUGCGAGGGAAGAAACUGAUACCAACAAUCGUGACUUACACUUCACUCAUACAAGGCUAUCACAGAAUUGGAGAAAAGUUGAAAGUGGUUUCACUAUUUGAGGAGAUGGUGGCAGGGGGGAUUCAGCCUGAUGAAGUAGUCUACAGCUCAAUGGUUGAUGCACUUUACAGAGAAGGGAAUCUACAUAAAGCUUUCAGUCUCUGGAAUGAACUUUUGGAUAAAGGUCUUUUAAAAGGACAUAUAAGUGAAACAUUAGUGGGGUCUUGGUGUGAGAAGGGAGAAAUUUCUGCAUUAUUGGCGUCACUCAAUGAAAUAGGAGAGCAAGGUUUUGUACCUAGUCUUGCUAUGUGCAGUACUUUAGCCCAUGGAUUAAAUAAAGCAGGAUAUUCUGAAAUACUACCUAUGGCUCUGGAGACCAUGGUAAAGUUUUCUUGGAUCUCCAAUUCCCUGACUUCAAAUGACUUAAUCACACAUUGUCAGAUGGAUGGACAUACUGAAAGUGUUGGCAACACUACAAAGCAAUUAGCAUUGUAAGUUGCUUGUCUGCUUCAAGCUUAGCUAAACAAGAUUGUGUGCUGGAUUAUUCCGUCGCUUUCUGCGGUACAUGAAUAUGGAUGCUUGAUGGAAAACCACCCACAUCAAGUUGAUAGCAUCCUUAUCACAGCAGAGAUCCAAUCAUGGGAGGAAAGUGCUUAGACUCGAGGGACAAAUGUCUGAAGUUUUAUAAAGGAUGUCGAGAGUACACAGUUGGUGGGUUCACAUUGUUGUUCGUACCGUGCAACCAAACUUGCAUGGUUAGAGUGGUGAGACUAUUAUUUCUAUUGAGGUGUCUAAAAUCAGGUGAACCAGCAAAUGGCGAGGCACAGCUUAUUUGUCUGAUUGGAAAAGAAAGUCUGCAACCCAUGGAACUCCAAGAAGCUUACAUGGAAGAUGAGUGAAGUUCUUUCCUCGAAACUUGCUAUAUUACAAGAAAGAAAAGGAACUUGCUACAUUGUUCUUCUGUUCAACGGUCACUGUUUAUGUCGUUUCCUCUCUCUGUGUUUUCUCCUCGGACUGUUGAGGGUACGCAAGGCAAGGAAACCUUGAUAUGCACAAUGGAGUGACUGUUCUUGGAGAAGGAUGCCGAGGAGUGUUAAAGUUCUCGUGUAGUUUUCAAUGAUGCACUUCUGAAGUUACCUUCCAGUGUUCAGCCUAGGAUGGACGUCUCUUGAAGCAGGAGGCGAUGUACCUUAAUAUUUUCAAUUAUUCUUUGAUUCAAAGCAUCGUUCCAUCUCAAUUGAAAAAGCAAAUAAUGUUGCAAUACAAUUCUAGUUCUGCUUCCGGGUUGCUUUUGUAUUGUUUCUUCUUUUUACCUUUAUUUGUGUUUGAUUCCGCAUAAUCCUUUUCAAGAUCGUUUGAAUGUUUUGAGAAAACAGAUAUAAGUUUUGUUAGUCUUUAAUGCUUUUUAAGUAUAGGCUAUUUUGAUGAACCUUUUU